CAGAAAUCUCCGAGGCUGGAGCGGGGCGGACCCGCAGCUCCGCCGACCGAUAAAUAGAGGCGGGCAGGGGCGGGCGGCCGCGGCGCAGCUCGCCAGGGUGCAGCUGCCUCCAGGACGGGACCGACCAUGGCACCGGCGCUGCUCUCGCUGCUCGGGCUCCUGAUUGUCUGGGGUGGGGGACAGGCCCUCGUCCCCCCCAGCGAGCUCAAGCAGAUGUCGGCAGCUGGCAGCAAAUACAUUGACACAGAGGUGGAAAACGCCAUCAACGGGGUGAAGCAGAUGAAGACCCUCAUGGACAAGAGCAGUAAAGAUCACCAAGCCAUCCUGAACACCUUGGAGGAGACCAAGAGGAGGAAGGAGGAGGCGGUGCGUCUGGCGCAGGAGAAGGAGCAGGAGCUGGCGGGGAAGCAGGAGGUUUGCAGCGAGACAAUGCAGGCGCUGUGGGAGGAGUGCAAGCCCUGCCUCAAACACACCUGCAUGCGCUUCUACUCCCGAACCUGCCACAGCGGCUCAGGACUGGUGGGGCGGCAGCUGGAGGAGUUCCUGAACCAUUCCUCACCUUUCUCCAUCUGGGUGAACGGCGAGCGCAUCGACUCGCUGCUGGAGCGGGACCAGCGGCAGGAGAAGCAGUUUGAGGACCUGGAAGAGCGUUUCGGUUUGCUGGAGGACGAGGUGGACAACAUCUUCCAGGACAGCACCCAAGUCUCCAGCCGAAUGUAUCCCUUCUUCCAACCGCCCUUCGGGGGCUUCCGCGAGGCCUUUCGCCCCCCCGUGCAGCGCGUCCGCCUCCCCCUGCGCAGCCAGAGGUUGUCCCGGGAGCUGCACCCCUUCCUGCAGCCACCCCACCACGGCUUCCACCACCUCUUCCAGCCGCUCUUCGAGAUGACACAGCGGAUGCUGGAGGAAGCGCAGGGUGGCUGGGAGCGCCCCUUGGGUGGCUUUGCCUCAGAAUCCCGUAACUUCAGUGAUGAUCGAAUGGUGUGUCGGGAGAUCCGGCGCAACUCUGCCGGCUGCCUGCGGCUGCGGGACGAGUGCCAGAAGUGCCAGGAGAUCCUCGGCGUGGACUGCGAGCAGACAGAGCCCGGGCAGAGGCAGCUGCGGGAGCAGCUGGAGGACGCGCUGCGCUUGGCCGACCGCUUCAGCCGCCACUACGACGACCUGCUCCGCUCCUUCCAAGCUGAGAUGCUCAACACCACCCACCUCCUGGACCAGCUCAACCGCCAGUUUGGAUGGGUCUCACGCUUGGCCAACCUUACCCAAGACACCGAUGGUUUUCUCCAGGUCACCACGGUCUUCUCCAAGGCUCCCAACCCCUCGGACCCCUCAGCUGCCCCUGACACGCAGGUGACGGUUCAGCUCUUCGAUUCGGAGCCGCUGUCGCUGACAGUGCCCGGGAGCAUCUCCUGGGACGACCCGCGGUUCAUGGAGACCGUGGCUGAGCAGGCGCUUGAGCACUACAAGCAAAACGUGAUAGAGUAGCUGUGCAAUGGCCCCACCGCUGCUACUGCCCCAGCUCCCUCCCCAUGCCGGACUGGGGGGGUGAAUGCCACCACUGCCCCUGCCAGGAACCCCCCGGGGGCCCCACAAACACAAGCUGAAAAUAAAGGUAGAGUCGUUGAACCUCUCCCAA